AGCGUACAGUCCAUAAUACCGCAUUGGUACGUUCUUGAAAGCAAGAAAAACAGCACCAGCAAUGGUAAUGAUUGACGAAAGUUUGAUCUUGUAGAAGAUGUCUAUUGGGCCUCAUUAAUGAACCUCUCACCACUAGAAUUCCUUCAGCGAAGGGCUUGACCUACGCAUAGCGCAUUGCUCUUUCGCGGUUGCAUUGAACAAUCUGACCUUUUUUUAAUGAAUUUUUAUCUUCUUCCUCUGCAGUAACAGUUCGGAUUGCAACGAUAUCUUUGAAUUUCUUCCAUUCCUAACUUCGAACAUCAACGACACCUCGUCAUGAACCCGACCACCGAAGACGCGCAACAGGCAUCAAGAAAAGCUGGAUUGAAAACAAGCAAGACCGCUUUAGACAACGACAGCAAGAACGACACUAACAGCAAGAAGGAACCACAGCUCCUAUCGUCAACCACCAUGAGUAUCUACAUCGACGCGGAUAGGAAGGAGUCUCGGCACCGAGGGACCGAUAAGUUCAGGAAUCCAAAUGUCUUCGCCGAUACUAGCAACAAACAUGGAACAACACAGAAGACUCCAAAUCAAGCGUUCACGAAGAAUAACAAAACCUCGAAGAGCAAUAAAUUCAAGAGCAAAAACAUGGAUAGGGAGAGGCCACGUAGCAACAAUAUUAACAAUAACAGUGACAAUGGUAAUAGUAAUAGUAACAGCAACACCAACAAAAAGGGCAACAAAGACCGUAGCAAAAACACCUUCAAUCGCGAUCAGAAGCCGAAAACCAGCAAUAUCCAUUACAAGAACCACCAAAAGAAGCACCGGCACCAGCAUCAGCAUGGGCAUGAUCACCAAUGUCACCGACAGACCAACGGCAAUGAAUGCUUCAUUCCAGGUGCGACGAUGAUGGCCAGCUUCAAUUCGACAGGUUUCCAACCAACCCUUGGGUGUUGGGUAGACCAGACCCAAGCUCAAUUCACGGGCAAUCAACCCUCCUAUGAUUAUCAGCACCAUUGCCAGCAGAUGCAACCAUACAUGCCUGUUGCUAUGACCAAGAAUUCUUUUGAAUGCGAUACCAAUUUGAAUGAUGAAGAUUUCAUUGGUACCUGUCGUGGGGAUGGUUUUGGCUGCAGAAGCAACACCAUCAACAACGAUUACUACGAUUCGAGCAACAUCACUUCUUCUUUUCAAACUCAAGAUAUGUGGAUCGAUAACAUAAAUCAGAAUACAAGAAUUGAUGGAUUAAUCCUUAAUAACAACGGGGAGUGCAAAUCGGUUUCGAUUCCGCCGCACGUGAGAGACUGGCUCUUGAAGGAAAUAUUGCUAAAGAUUGAAAACAUCAGAGAUUACGGAAACUCGUACCCGAAUACAUGCGUGGCUGAUGAUGCGAAUGCAACUAAUCAAGUUUUAGGCAAUGGAACUCGUGAGAGCGGGCUUCCGCCCUCUCAAUUACCACCACGAAUCUUUAGUGUGUGUCCAGGGACGACGCCUCUACACCAACACUGUAAUAUCGAAAGCAAUUCGUUUCUUUCGCCUCCUCUGCUCGCUGUAAGUGCUUCAACGUUCCUUAUAGACUGCUAUCUAUUUGUCGAUAUUAAUACUAACAUUCUAUAUUCUUGCUCUCCAUGAUUACGAAAACACCCAAUCCGGUAAAUUCUUUACCUGAUUCUCCUCUUCUCCAUUCAUUCAUUCAUCCAGGACGGCUACGUACAUCACGGGAUGUACAUGGCACUACCUCAUGGUUAUCAUCAUCCUAUGAUGACGCAGCAUCAUUAUCCAUAUCAAAAUCAGUAUCAGCAACAUCAUCAACCCCAUAUUUCUCCUCCCGAAAUGCCCUAUUUACCGUAUUUGGGAUAUAGUCAUCCGCUUGAAACACCUCAGCCUACCCUGAAUGGUAGCGGCAAUCCUCAUGCCAGUGAAAGUGCAAAUGUCCCAAGACACGAUCUAUUCGAUCCAGGGAGUUCUAGGAGACACCAUGGCUCGAACAGCCGCGAAAGGAACCACGAGAAUCCCCGUCGUCAUGGGGCUGAUCCAAAGAAUGCAACUCCUCUUCGUCCUGGUUCUGCUAAGUCUGAACGUAGCAAUGCUCAUGAGAUUCUCCACGAGGACAGCAUCAAUCUUGAUGAUAGGGUGACCCCUUAUCGCAACGCUGGCCGCGAAGGACCUCCCCGCCGUGUCUCAAUUAGCCCCAUGACACAUUUUCAACAUUUAGAUCUAGAUGAAGAGGGAGAAAGUGUGUCGACGUUGUAACCUACUCCUAUUCUGUGGUUGUCGGCCCAGGAUGCAUGAUUGUAUAAUUUUUCUCUAUACGCAAUGCAUCACGAGCUAGUUAGUGUGAAAUACUACGCGAUUAUUCGUUUUGCUGUUUCGCUCACUAACUUUGUUGCAAUGAAAUGAUUGGCAUUAGCUGAUAAGAUACUACAUAAUACAGUAAGAAUAUUUGU